CUGGAACAUCAUGUUUACAAAAAAAGAGACAAAAAAUUCCUGUGUUUCUUUUGGCGCCACCCAGUCAUUGUAAGUAUCUUUUUAAUGUGUGGCAGCUUUUUACUAUAGUACGACAAAUAUAGUGAUAGCACAGUUUCUUUUUGCAGAAGUGCCUCUCCUGCUUAUCUAUUAAUGUGACGGUCAAACGGUCACAUUCUUCCAAGUCCAGAGACCUCCCAUCACUAAUGGGUUUAACAUCCAUCUGCCGUGUGACCUCUCUCAUACAUGUCAUUCCUAAAGUUCUAUACCAUUCCCAGAAAUACUUUCAACUUCCCAGAGGUCCCCGCUGCAAAGCCCUGUUUACUUCCCAGAGGUCCCUGCUGCAAAGGCCUGUUUCCUUCCCAGAGGUCCCCGCUGCAAAGCCCUGUUUACUUCCCAGAGGUCCCUGCUGCAAAGGCCUGUUUCCUUCCCAGAGGUCCCUGCUGCAAAGGCCUGUUUCCUUCCCAGAGGUCCCUGCUGCAAAGGCCUGUUUCCUUCCCAGAGGUCCCCGCUGCAAAGCCCUGUUUCCUUCCCAGAGGUCCCUGCUGCAAAGGCCUGUUUCCUUCCCAGAGGUCCCCGCUGCAAAGGCCUGUUUCCUUCCCAGAGGUCCCUGCUGCAAAGCCCUGUUUACUUCCCAGAGGUCCCUGCUGCAAAGGCCUAUUUCCUUCCCAGAGGUCCCUGCUGCAAAGGCCUGUUUCCUUCCCAGAGGUCCCUGCUGCAAAGGACUGUUUCCUUCCCAGAGGUCCCCGCUGCAAAGGCCUGUUUCCUUCCCAAAGGUCCCCGCUGCAAAGGCCUGUUUCCUUCCCAGAGGUCCCUGCUGCAAAGGCCUGUUUCCUUCCCAGAGGUCCCUGCUGCAAAGGCCUGUUUCCUUCCCAGAGGUCCCUGCUGCAAAGGCCUGUUUCCUUCCCAGAGGUCCCUGCUGCAAAGGCCUGUUUCCUUCCCAGAGGUCCCUGCUGCAAAGGCCUGUUUCCUUCCCAGAGGUCCCUGCUGCAAAGGCCUGUUUCCUUCCCAGAGGUCCCUGCUGCAAAGGCCUGUUUCCUUCCCAGAGGUCCCUGCUGCAAAGGCCUGUUUCCUUCCCAGAGGUCCCCGCUGCAAAGGCCUGUUUCCUUCCCAGAGGUCCUUGCUGCAAAGCUCUGUUUCCUUCCCAGAGGUCCCUGCUGCAAAGCCCUGUUUCCUUCCCAGAGGUCCCUGCUGCAAAGCCCUUUUUCUUUCCCAGAGGUCCCUGCUGCAAAGCCCUGUUUCCUUCCCAGUGGUGCCUGCUGCAAAGGCCUGUUUCCUUCCCAGAGGUCCCCGCUGCAAAGGCCUGUUUCCUUCCCAGAGGUCCCUGCUGCAAAGGCCUGUUUCCUUCCCAGAGGUCCCUGCUGCAAAUCCCUGCCUUCUUUCCCAGUGGUGCCUGCCUAUUAAAAUGAUUGUGUUUUUAAUGUGGCAAUUGCCAGUUUUCCAGGUGGUAGUAAUAUUUUGCCCAUUCAACGCAUAUUUU